AUGAUGAAGAGCAGGAAAGAUCAAAGGACAAGACCACUCCAGCCACGAGGAGAGGUGCUGAGGCCGAUACUAGAGCGGAGGAAUGGGCUGUCGGGUUUCGCUCUCCGUCUUCGUGUGGUCGCAGUCGGAGCUGCCAUUCUGCUGACGGACAAUCACGUGGAUGCCACGAGCAGCAGAACAUCAUCCAGAACAUCUUUACAUGGACAAGAGCAAGGUCUUGCUAGCACUUCUGUAGGAAGUUCUUUCUCAACGUCAGCAGCUGCUUCUGAGAAGGUGAUUGAAGGAGCGCAUGAAGCAGGAGCAUCAGAUGAAUUUCUCCAAGAUACUAGAAAACAUCAAGAACUACAUCUUCCACAAGAAGAGAGUGCUUCUACGUCCGGGAGAGUUACUACAACAUCACGACUGAGAAGUGAGCGAGCUGCAUCAACGUCGAGCUCAAGUGGUACCUCCUCUGGGGAGAAAACUUCACCAACGGCUGUUGUAGAGGUUGAUCAUGAAGGCCACCACAUCAGCAAGAAAUCAACAUCCGAAAAGUCGUCAGCAAUAUCAGGCCAGGAAGCGCCGGACGAGACGUCAAAUUAAGGCUUCACUCCUAGGUCUAGAAGCCCAUCUAUAUUUUCUAAGGUCUAGAUCUAGAUGAAGCCCAUCUAUUUAUUUUCUAACUGUGUAUAGUAUUUGCAUAGAGUUAGAGAUCUUCCUAGUCCUACCUCAACAAUCGUAUUAAUCUUGAUGCAAUAUCGAUAUAAUCCUUGCUAUUUUAGAAGACUAGUUAUAAUACAUCCCUGCUCAGAACAAAAGUAAUACUAGUGCAGCAAGGACUAUAAUCAGCGAGGGACCUCCUGCUCCACGGGGACGAAGUACUUGUUAGGUUAUUUAGAAGUACUCACUGGUUUUGAUGUUGUGAUACUUCAAAUUUUCCUCAUAUAACUGUUAUUAGGGUUAGAAGGAGAAGCUCUAAAAAUUGAAGCGGGGCAUGAAAGCAGAAGAGGCACAGGAAGCACUCGCAGCUCUCUCUUCAGAGGCACAGAAGUACCUGCACAGGGAAUCUCGUGUCCUCCAGAAGCAUAGUAAAGCAAACCGUGGCCCGAAUGACGAUUUACAUGACGAAGAAGAGCAGAAAGAAGAUUAAGGACGUCACUGUAUUUCAUUGUUUUCCAGCUAAUCUUUAAUUAUGUUUAUCUUGACAUUGACUUCAAGUGGUCUGUCUUCUGAAGAGAAAGAGUUUCUUGAAUUCUAAGGCCAAUGGCAAUGUUUAUCCCGACUUCAAGAACCGGGGUUGAGUAGUUUGUUCUCUUAUCCAUAUAUAUCCGCAAUAGUUGCUUCACCGAUGUUUGUUUCACUUUUUCUUUUUCUCUUUUCUUCUUGAAACUUCUCUGGUUCAUUGGAGUUCUACGUACUGAGGAGGUUACUUAGACUUCAAGGAAGAAGUAUACGACUUUGUUUUGCGCUCAGUGAGGCAGCACCUCUGUCUAAAACCAAGCGGAGUUGCUUUUGAUCGUCGUCGGCGGUAUUUGCUUCCUGGUGGUGAGCGUCGGGUACUUGGUAUUCUGUGACGCGAUGGGGGGCGGGCUGUGUAGUCGCAAAGACUAAAGAGUACGUCAAGAACUUUCUUCACAACAAAAUCACUUUAAUCCGCUUUGUCAUUGUCUAUCUCUUGCGCAGCAUAUUAUGGAUCUACUUCAGAUAUUAUCUCUUGCUCAGGACUGAUAUGAUCAUUUCGAAGAACAAGUCUGUGUAAAUAUUGCAGGUGGCUUUGAUACUGGCAUCUUCAUUGAACAAAGAGAAACGCAGGGCUCGAUGAAAAAUAAUCAUCAUAAGUACGAGAAAAUAAGAAUGUGAACAACAAGCUCAACCACUUCUGUAAAAAUAUGCUGGGAAAAACACCUGAAAUAGGUGUUGAAAUGUUUCCAGCGGAACAGACUAUUUGAAAGCUGAGCUAAUUGUAAUUCCAAUGAAUCCAAGAGAUUAUGAUUGAAUAAAAACUAC